AGGUGAGCAAGUAAUGCCCACCGUUUAAACCCGUCUGUCUUGUGAGGGAUGGUUAUGCUCACUGCUCAAAUUUUAUUAAUAGCGAGUUCUUAGACAUCAAUUAAACGCGAAUACCGUUAAAAACUUUGUUCUAACAAAUUGAAUCGAGCGCAUUGAGCGUUGAGGCCGAAACAACUCGGGUUUGACUCCAGCUGACGAGCCACUAUAAUCCAAUCCUAUCCAACAUUUGUUUAUCGCGUCCGUGGGGUGUUCCAAUCAUCCCCCAGUGGUUUUCGUUCGAUCUUUGCACUGUUUCCACACCGCUCGAGCGUUUUUGGCCAGCGUAAAGAAGGGCCGAUUACAGCUCACAAAAUGCUGCAGGUCGUGUAAGUGUCUUUCGGCAAUCAACGAACGAGAACGGCCGAAUCCCAGCCGACCGCCGCAGCCGGGUCGAAGAUGCCGCCCAUCCUACCCACGGAUGUCCCCGAGCCCGAAGGCUCCGAGGACGAAACGGCGAACGCCCCGGUGCCGGCGGCUUACCACGCCGACGACUCGUCGGACGACGAAGACGUUGAUUUGGGCUCCGGGGACGAAGAACACGCGGGCUACCAGCUCCUGCCACAGCAGUUGGAUUCUGACGAAGACGCGCCCGAUGCCGUGGGGAACCCCGCUCUGCCCUCCGUGUUCGCCGAGGCCUUCUCCCAGGCUCCCAACGAGUGGAGGCCCACAGAAGACAUGCUGCGUCCCGUUGAGCCUCGGCCGUUGGCGGAACCCAUGGCGCAGGCCCAGGUGGAGGCAGUGAAGGCGGCCAUGGCAGGCUUCGAACUCCCGGCCUCCCAGCGUCCGGCCUGGGCCCAGGACGUUCCCGAAGAGGAGUGGAAGCAGUGCCUCUACGACCGACUGCAGCUUCGGGGCAGGCCCGAACCGGGCUCCUAGACGAGCACCGCCGACGGCCACCUCCUUUGUCCGCUGCUCGGAACGAGACAGUGGUCGUCGGAACGUCUGCACCUCAUCUGCACUUUGUUUCACCUUAUCAUGGACCGCGACAAAUGCUACGAGCCGUCCCAGGCAAUCCAGCGCUACAAACGUGCACCUCGCGCAUUGCUGCACAGCUGCCAAGGGUCACGUCACGUUCACGGGGCGAUGGAUCGGCUUCAUUGGCUCGUAGUGUCCCCUGUGGUCCAUUUUAAGGUGAAAUUGAGUAGAGCAGCAAAUUGUGGGCAUUGUUUGUGGGAGGUACGAAUACAAGUGCAGGAGUUUGAGGUUUCUCUUUAGUUCGAAAACGGGCGGUGCAACGAGGGUCAUGACGACUGGAAGCCGGUAUCUUCCUACACUUAGAAGAGGGGUGCAAGAAGGAUAGAUAAAUACUCCGGUUAAAUGCUGCAGACUGUUGCAGAGAUGGAGACAAACAUUAGAGACGCAUUCCCAACGAAUAAUGAAUUCGAAGAUGCUGUCUUUUUGACGUUUGUCUUCGUCUAUAGUACCAGUCCCCGCACUCACUUUUGCAAGUCCACUGUGUCAAUCUUGAGCAAUUAAUUUAAGGUAUACUUCAAGGCUGGAGGCACGUCACCAUGGCCACUGCUGCACUACCAACUUGAGGAUGAAAGAGGUGCAAAAAAUGCUGGAACCUUCGCAAAGUUGAAGCACGGUCAAAAAUUAUGCACUCGUGUUUUCCCACAACGGCGUGUUCUGAAGCGGAGUGUGGGCUCUUUAGUAAGGGAUGGACUCUGUAUCAACGAAUAACGAAGCCACCUGCCUGCUUGGUGGCAGUUUAUGGGCCGUCCGAUUGUGAGCAAAAUAAAAGGGCAAUGGUCA